AUGAAGGUGAUAUUCUUGACCCUCCUCUGGUUCUGCUCCCUUACCGUCAUCGUGUCGCCCUCUCCUGCUGGCAGUGAGAGCGGAAACGACCAUUGCGCACAUGACAGCGAGCGAUGGGAGAAGUGGAUGUCGCUGAAGCAUGCGUAUCACUGGGGUGUCAUGUACAGCAACAUGUAUGUCACUGAGACUCUCAGGGCGUCGCAAGAGGAAGUCACUCAGCUAUCCUCCUCCCCACUGCACGACAUACCGGUGUUUGUCCACAACAAACCGAGCAGGACAGACAGGAGGGCACAUACCCAGCAGCUCUUGAAGGUCGUGGGUUUCUCGCGCGUUGAGUUUCCUCCCGAUGGUUCGCUGCACGAGCUGGAGGAGCGGGAGAUGCUGGAGAAAGGACUCAUCGCCCGGGAGGCAGUGGAGGUCAUGAAGGCGUCGGCUCAGAUUGGUCCACAAGGCUUCUUGCCGUACGCGAGACACGCCAUCAAGCAGCUGUCUGUGAUCCGAUCAGCAGCUGAGGCGAACCUGAGCUUCUUCGGGAGGAUGAAGAUGGUGAUUCUGUGGUGUGCUGAUGCUUUAUGUGUUGAUGAGUGGGAUACUGAUGAAGAUGUCGAGUACAAGGACGGCAGAAGUCAGAGGAGGUUUGACUUGCAUGGCAGGUGUUUUGAGAACUGCAGUCACCUCUGCUACCUUGAGGGAGAAGAUCUCAUAGCAAGGUCAGCGUCUCCAGCUUGCAGCGCGGCUAUCCUCUACACCCUCAAGGGUGCGAGGAGGAUCCUGGAGCUUUGCGAUCCAGUCUUCCACGCUAUCGACAUCAUGCUGCCUUCGCUCAUUUCUUCUGGAAAGCUUGAGGCGUACGCCAUGACGCCUCCUCCCUUCUACCAGGAUGGGUCGCUGGGCUCGGACGUUUGGAGGAAACGAGACUUCAGGGCGUCGGUUCCAGUCGCCUGGCCGGUCUGUGCAGAGCAGAGUGAGGCACUGCGAGGAGAGAGCAAGUUUGACAGCAGGUUAACGGUCGGUCAGCUCCUGGUACAGGAGGAUGCGCAGUACCUUGUGAGCAUGCUCGAGAUACUUCGCAGUCCUCUGCCCCACCAGGAGAGCAUCGAGAGGAGCGUGAGAUCAGGAGGAGGCCUCCUUGUCCUUAGCGACACUCUGGAGCGAUGGGAGGAGGAGGAGCUGCAAGGGCUGGCGGGCAUCAAAUAUUUCUUGUGCUCGGACGAGAGCUGCGAGGAGGGAAAGGAGGUGGGGGUCACCUUGGUGAUGCGAGCGAGGAGGGUGGAGGGGUACAUGUACCAGUUCGUUCGGGUCUUCCGACGGUCCAUCCUCCUCCUCGAGGAUGUAGCUCAAGUGCCCUGCCUGCGUGCCAAGACCUGCAGGAUGAGAAUGACGAGGAUCACUAUCAACAACAAGAGAACCUCGGCCCUCCGAGACGUGGCCAUCUCCACCGACCGCCCAAUGCAGGUGCCGGUAUGCUUCCUCCUCCUCAACGGCAGCAGCGAGAUACUGAAGGAGCAAGCCGUCAUCGAGCUCUCCUCUUCUCCUCGCUCCCUCCUCUCCUCCUCAGCUCAAGGAGCAGCUACCAGCAGGCGCUUGCUCUUGGAGGGAUUGGUCAGGUUCCUCUAUCCCCUCGUUCGCUUCUCUUUCAUUGCUCUGUGCAACGGAACGUCAGUGCAGGACGGGGCAUGUGCAGCAACAGCGUCCCGCUGUGUCGAGCAAGGGGAGCUGCUUCCCGAGCUCUGCUCUUCUCCCCACCUGGACCCGCAGAAGGCAGUUGCCGUCUCAAAGUGGUCAGCUCUUUCCCAGCUGAUCAGCUCAAGGCCUCCCGUUUCCUUCUCAGCUCUGCUGGAUGGGAAGCACAUGAACAACCUACACGUCAGUGUCGGUGCCCACAAGGUGAAGAUCCUUGUGUACGAGGGAGGAGGGGCGAUGGCCGCAGGCCUGUCGUUCCUUGCCCAGCAGGUGAAGUACGUCUGCGUCCUCGACCCUCUCCGUGUCACCUCCUGCGACUUGGAAGUCAGUGUUGAGGACGGGCUGAAUCACUACAUCAUCGAGCUCAACGAUCACGAGGAGGAGGUGCUCUACAGCAGCGCUGGCGUUGUCUCUGCGCACCCGCACGCCCCGUCCCCUCCCAUCCUCCUUCCCUCCUCCGUCAGUCAGGACGUCUGCGUCCACUUCCUCAGCCCGGCACAUGACGAUCUACUCCAGCUCUCGCCGGCCUCGUCUUGUGUCCCCGUCCUCCUGCAGAUCGAGGAGGGCUGUCUCGCCUCGCAUGCCCAGCCGCAGCUGUUCCUCCUGCAGAACUCCAAGAGGAUCGUCGACUUUGAACUGCAGACGGGAGGAGGAGGCUGGCAGCUUUGGUUCCCCUGCGUCGCCCUGGAGGAAGGAUACAACCUGCUCGAAGUUGUCUCCUCCUCUGACUUGACUGCUGGACCCAUCGUCCUCCUUGCCGACCUCUCCCUGCAUGUUAAGCUGACACAAGACCUGGGAGACGAGCUCAAGUCCAGCUGGAAGAUGCCAACGUCUUCCUCGUCCAGCCCUGAUGUCAGCUGGAUCCUGCCAGCUGGGAAAUUCUCUUCGUCUCCUCCAGAAGCGAUAGAAGCCUCGCUGCGAGCCCUCUUGGAGGCGCUUGACAGGCACGAGCUCGAUGCGGAGGUGAUCGUGGUCGGCUACGGGGAGGAGAGGAUGAAACUCUCCUCGCACCCCCGCGUCAGGUUGCUGCUGGUUGACUCUCGGCAGGUUGAGGAGGUCAACAGGAAGAUCAACUUGCAGAAGGAGGGAGAGGGAGAGGGAGCAGCAUGCGAGGAGGACGCGACCUGGGCCGACUGGAACCCUCAGGAGGAGAGGAGCUGCGACGAUUGGUCGCUUGAUUUGUGCGUGCGCGAGUUUCUUUCUUUGGACCCUCACGGUCUCCGGCAGUGGAUGUAUGCUUGCCGCCACGAGCUGCGCUGUUCCUCCCUCCCCACCACUGCCUGCUGCUCCUGCCGCUCCCUCCUCGACGCCUCGUGGCCCGCCAUCCCUGGUCCCUCCAUCGGCGCGGAGCAUCUGGCGGUGGCUCUCAACCUCGGAGCAGCGCAGGCGAGAGGGAAAUUUCUCCUCUUGCUACCAGGAGCGACGUUCUUCCCUCACGAGCUGUUUGAGAGCAUGAGCACCGGUGCCUUCAGCUUGCGCUCCUUCUACCACGUCCCUUCCUCCAGGGCCCGGAGCCUCCUCGCCGACUCCUCCUACUCUCGUGAACUUGGGACAGGAAGCAUCUGUCAGGUCGCAGCCGAAGCCUCUCCGCGCAUCUCCUUCAAGUUCGUCGCCCUCCUGGCCCCCCGUCAAGCCUUCCAAGUGGUCGGAGGUCUCAUCGAGGUGGAGAGGCGGAACCCUCUGCGCUACCUCGCCCUGGCGCUCAGCAGCUGGGGUUACAAGUCGCAUCGCCUUGAGGGCUGCGACGUCUACACAGUGGAAGGCGAAGGAGGGGAAGGAGGGUACGGGGAGGAUGCGGUCGAGGACUACUUCUACAAGAGGAACGAGCAACGAGUCGUGGCUGGAGAUCGAGAGUUCUUACGCGAGGAAUCGAACAUCUUCUCUCGCUUCAUACUCCAGCAACACCCCCCUCCUUCCCUCUACCCUCCUGUUGAUCAGAACCCUCGUCAGCCCACCAGCCGUUACAUCCGGGGGAUCUGUUAA